CUCGUGUCGUGAUAGCACCAAAAAAUCCUCUCUCAUUAUUGCACCAAAAAAAAAUCCUCUCUCAUUUUUUCUCCACGUAUACUUAUCUCUCUCCAAGCAUCCACUCUACUUCUCUCCCCUUGUAAUCGCGCCGCCGUAGAGGACCCAACACCGCCGCGCUCAGCUCGCCGUCGCUUUCUCUAUAUCUUCUUUCAUUGAUGGCUGGAGUAUUAGCAUUUAGGAGCCUAGCUCCCAAGACAAAGAAUUUCAUAGUUGCCGGGGGUUUGACAACUUUUGUCUUUGGGGCAUACUUCUACACGAUGAGAGCUGUCGGAGGUACCGAUGAACUACAGGUAGCAAUAGAUAAGUUUGAAGCAGACAAGAGCAGCAUUAAAGAGGGUGAAGCAAGCAUUCCAUCAAAAGUCUAAAGCUAGUUGCUUACAGAACAAAAAUGACACUACUUUGGUUGUUGUCACUGUUUUGGUUUGAAAUCAAAGCUUGAAAACCCUCCUCAGCAUGAAAAUAUUUAAAAAGUGAUUUUGAAUCUUGUAUUUAAUAAAUUUUAGGAUAAAACAGUUCCUGCUGUUGUCCAAUUGAAGCAUAACAGUUGGAUUAUAUGUUACAGGUGAGUUAAUAGCAGCUAAUUAAUGAUGUUAAACUUUAUUUUCCACCAUUACCAGCUGAAGUUAAGGUUUCCUCGUAA